AUGACCACUGGACCAUCAACAACCAGCGACCACGAUGAAAACAAACAGAUACAAGCAUCAGAGAGGGCGGUGGUAGAGUCAAUGUAUAGUGGGCAGGUCUGGCAGCCAAAUGAUGUCUCUAUUUACUGCGAACCGCUUCAAUCGUGUCUUCUGAAUGAUGAAAAGAAUGCGAAAAGUAAUUUGAGUGUCGUUCUUCGGGUAAAGUGCUCGGAAGAGUAUCCAAAGAGAAAGCCCAUUGUCGAGUUGCAUGAACCACGAGGAAUCUCCAAUGAUGACGCUCAAAACUUGCUGAACAUCCUCAGACAACGGGUAGAAGAGCUCAAAGAAGAUGUCGUGAUCAUGGAUCUCGCGAAUCGGGUCAGCGAGUUUCUUGCGGACCAUAACCCACAUACCACCACCGGAAGUUUUCACGAUGAUAUGCUGGCAAACAAGGCAAGGACAGAGGCUGAAAAGAAAUUUAUACGACUUUAUUUACAGAGAAUUUCGGAACGGCGGCGACAGGACACGGAACAAAAAGAGCUGGAAUUGUUGGAGGAGGAGAUGCGACAACGUAAUGCGAUCGAGUUGGAGAAGACGUUAGAUGGGACAAGGCCAGAAGGAGAGACCAGGAUCAUUGGAGGUCGACGGAUCGUUGUGCUUUCUAAUAUUCCUGUGAAACGUCAAAAACCAAGUAACGCUUGUCACGAGUGGAUGGGAUUUUGGGAGAGCACUCAACUUCUCAUCUCUGAAUGGACAUUCCGUUACACAACAGGACGAAGCUCCUCGGAAAACAAAAAACGAGACUUCGAACCAUUCAUUCAAAAGUUUGAUCGAGUUUACAAUGACAUAAAGAAGUUAUGUGAAAUCAAAGGGCUCGAUCAGAAUCUUGUUGAAUAUGCAUUCGUCCAUCAGCAGAAAAUCAGUACUACGCCGGAUUCCAUACUCAUGCAACUUUACGUCGCCCAGAAGAUCUAUCCAUCGGAAGAGAGUCUUUUGGACACGUACGAAUUGGUUGUACCAAAACCGAAUCUUCUCCGCUUAUUGGCUGUUCAAGCCAUCUGUGGUCUUCGCUAUCUUCACGAGGCUUCAAUGACACAUAAGCGAUUGACACUGACUUGUGUUUGGACUAGGAACAGUACCGGCGAUUGUGUUUUUCGAUUCUCUGAUUUCGGGUCACUUGGUCCUUUGUUGGAUUUGUCGAAACUUUUCUCUACUAUUUGCUCGGGAAAACAAGAAAUCGAACCGAUCACUGAACUCGAGAAGGAAUACGAACGACGCAAAAAAGAUUUAUUCGAUUUGGGCACGCUUCUAGAUACUCUCGUUCUCUCGCUUCAGCAAUGCGGUUCGAACUACUCUCGCCGAGGACCAACACCAACACAAAUUAGUCAAACACAAGCUGGAACCAAUCUGCUCAUGAGUUUUAUUAAGAAGUGUCAGGAAGUCAAAAACAUUGAUCAGUUAGUGGAGGAUCCUUUCUUGAAAGAGGAAUGCCAAUCUCAAAGUGAGAACAUCUUCACACCAUUUGGUGGAGCAAUGAAUCCAGAAGGCCGAAUGCUAUCAGAUAACGUCAUCAUCAGAGUCAUUGGAAAGGGAGGAUUCGGUGAUGUGGUUUUAGUGCGAAACAAGAUGGACAGUACGGAUUACGCUAUCAAACGGAUUCCAUUGAAUGCGGGCAGCGAGAAAAUGAAUCGAAAAAUUGCGAAAGAAGCCAAAAUCCUAGCAAAGUUUUCUCAUCCAAACAUGGUUCGCUAUUACAAUUCAUGGUUCGAAGAGCUGAUUCCGAUUGUGGAAGAGAGUUUCGACGAGAGUUCCUUUAUGGGUGCAGUGCCGAUUCCUGGAAAAGAAAAAGUUGUGAAGAGGCUGAGACUGAAGUCUGUAAAACUGUCGGAAAGCUGCGAGAAAGAUCUGUUAGGUGGAGGAGAUUCUUUGAUACCUCCGAACCUAAGAACAAUGUCGAAGGAAAUCGUGAAAGCAGAAGCAAAAGAGUGGUCUGCAACACCCAAGUGCAGCAGAACGAAAAGUGACAAACAGAGAACACCAAAUGGAGGAUUGGUCCAUCUCUCCGAAGGAUCUUCUGAAUUAAACGACGCCGAUAUCAGUGAUAUUGAUUGGGAUGCAGAGAGUGAAGAGGAUGAGGAAGAAGAAGAAAGUUCGGAUGAUUUAGAUGAGGAGGAAGAGGAAGAAUCGUGUGAUCUCGAAACGAAACAAUCCGAAGACGACAGUGUAUUCGGAAGAAACACUACGGUAGAUGAUGAGGAUUCUCAAAUUGUGUUCGAAGGAGCUUCAGAGAAGAAAAAGGAGGUAUCUGAGAAAUCGCCAGCGAUGAAGGAACUGACAGUCGAUAUUCCUCCACCACGUAAUCCACGGAUUCUAUGCAUUCAAAUGGAAUAUUGCGAUCGUCAAGCGCUUCGUCAGUACAUCGAUGACACAAAAACGUUGUACACCGACCCGACUGAAGUUUGGAGAAUUUUCUCAGAAGUUCUCUGUGGACUCAAUUACAUGCACGACUUCAAAAUGAUUCAUAGAGAUAUCAAACCAAUGAAUAUCUUCUUGACAUCGAAUGGUGGAGUCAAAAUUGGAGAUUUCGGACUAGCAACAUUUGAAUUGAUGAAUUCGAUUGUGAAGGCUUCCGCUCCUGGAGCUGAAAAGAGCAACAGUCAAGAAGCCACGUUUUCUCCGCCUGGGGCCAAAGGACACGACAUUCAACAGACAAGAGACAUCGGUACUCAACUUUAUAUGGCCCCCGAGUUGUUUGUGGAUGCCAAAGCCAAAAGCGAUCAGAAAACAACACCGUACACUUCCAAAAUCGACAUCUACAGUGCGGGUGUUGUUUUGUUCGAAAUGUUCUAUCGCCCGUUGGCUCCUGGAAUGGAACGAGUUUCAACACUGAACAAUCUUAGAGAUCAUAUUAAGAUUCCCGCGGAUUUUGGAAAGUCGUUGGCUCCUGCGAUGGCUUCUCUGGCAAGAAAAACUGUGGAAGCGAUGCUCCAACGGGAACCAGAUCUCAGACCAACUGCUGAAGAUCUUCUGAAUGAUGAGGAUCUCCCAAUGCACACAAAAGAAGAUGCUACGUUCCGAUCGCUCGCGGAGAAGGUUGUGAAGAAAAGAGACUGUCGAAUGAAUCAGUGGCUUGUUGAGAAACAAUUUAACGGAGAUGUCUCUCCACUUGCUAGCUAUGUUUAUGACAACGACAUCUGUCAAGACCGAUUCAGAAACAGCAAUCGUGAAAUGCUUGUUGAAACCCUUCGUUCAGAAUUCUGCGCUGUCUUGAAGACUCACGCCUUUGAAAAAGUCCAUACUCACACCCUGAUGCCUGUUUCGACUGCAUUGGCAGCUGCGUCCGUGAGAACGAAGCCUGCUGAGUUUCUAGACAGAAGCGGUCUUCCGGUGGCUCUUCCUAUGGAUUUGCGGCAGAAUUUUGUGAGAUAUUGUGUGCGAAACAGCGUUCAUCGGAUGAAACGAUUCAAUUUUGGACGUGUCUACUCUGCGAACACAAAGAAUGUGCAUCCGCAUGAGAAAUGGGAGUGUUGUGUUGAUAGCAUAGGUCCACAGAGUUCUUCAACGUCAUUGGAGGCUGAGCUUCUUCUUGUCGCAUGUGAACUCAUUUCUAAAUCGCUCCCAGGAAUGAAACUCACUCUAAAAAUCGGUCACGCCCAGCUACUCGAAGCACAAAUCCGUCAUUUGAAGCUUUCGGAUGAUGUUCGACUCGAACUUCUCGAUGUUCUACAUUGUAUUUCAGUAGCUGAUCGACAACUCUCCCACAAGGAAAAGAUGGAGUCAUUAUCGCCAAAAAUUGGAGAGCAGGCUGCCAAUAUCAUCACAAAAAUGCUGAUUCCCGUGGAGAACAACUUCAUUGCUUUCAGAGAGAAAGUGACGAAUUUCCGGAACAAGCUGAAAGCAGACGAAGCCAGAAGUCUCGCUGACAAAGCCAUCAAUGAUCUUCAAGAGGUUAUUGCAACAUUCAAACUCUGUCGUUCAACGGAAUUAGAGAACAUCGACAUCGUUUACGAUUCACAAACGUGCUAUCGGCCUAGAACUUUUGACGAUGGUCUCAUUUUCCAACUUCAAGUAGAGAAGCCAACGAAUUCGGUCGGUAAGAAAAAGAAGCAACAAACGAUACUAGCCGGCGGUCGAUACGAUUCUGCUCUUCUUCGUGAACGUCAUCCUCGAGAUAUCGUCUUUGAAGUUCCCCUCUGCAUCUGUGGAUUUGGUGUGGCAAUGGAUACGUUGGCUAUGAUGCGAGAGAUCUCUAACAAGAAUAUGGAUUCUCCUGUUCACUGCAAGGUUUUGAUUUGCUCAUUGGUUCAGUCGAAUGGGAGCAAUCUGAUUACUGAAAAGUUCAAAAUUGCCAAGAAACUAUGGAGUUUGAAUAUCGAAGCUGAUGUUUUCCAUAUGGCUGUAGAUGAUUUGGAAUCGUUGAACGAACAUCGCUCGCGUGCCUCCAUCUCUCACAUUCUAGCCGUUUGUAACGAAGAGAUGGAAAUUAUAAUCAAAACAGAAACUGGUAUAUCGGAUGUAAUGGAUAUGGACACAGCUAUAAAUCUGACUAAUAAUCACUCGUUCCGUCUAUCCACUCCGAUGACUCCAAUUGGAACCCAAAUGCCUUCUAUGGGCACACCAGGAGAAGCCGGUCAUCACGAUGAAUAUCUUCAUACCCCAGUUGCAAAAAGUUCUUCGUCAACACAUAAUACGCAUAACAAUCGUGUCCCCCACCUCUGCGCCACAACAGCCAAUAUCAAUGUGAUCUUCAGUGAAAAGAGUCAUAAACUGAAAGACAAGAAAAGAUUUGAGAACCAAGUCAAAAGCCAUCUGCAUGACUAUUCGGUCCGGUUCGCUCCCAAGACAAAGAUUGAAGUCCUUGUUUGUGAUAUCCCUGUUGAUCUUAUCAAGAAAAUCGUUGGGGACAUCACUAAAUCCAGUACUGAAACAGAGAUCGAUUCACUCUUCGAUCAGUUAAUCCAGAAGCACGGGAAGGUUGAUCUAGCUCCUCUUCGUCGCCAACUUCAUAACAUACUUCAUCUUCAUCAAUCUGUUGGAUUUGGCGAAAUCGCUGUUGUCUUAUAUCGCCUUCAAGACAACUUCUACCGUUGUCUCACCUAA